AUGGACGAGCUAUUUGGAGACCAUUCGCACCUGCAGCUCGAAGGUCUCGAUAAUGACUCCGCCGACCGGUUUUUCAAUCUUUUCAGCCAGUUUACUGCUCAAGACUGUUUCGUGACCGAGAAGUAUACCGACGGAACCUUGGACGGGUGUGGAGGAGGUCAAGUCAGCCCUGCUGGGACCAUGUCCGUCGAGACCGCCCACAACCCCUUGCAAAGACACCCCAUGCCCCUUUCCGGUGGAACAUCCAAGAGGUGCUGUUUCUGUUUCGACCCGCCGUCUACUUGGAAUAAGGCUUGGCCUGUCGACCGUGAUCGACUGUACGAGCUGGGUUCCAACGAUGCUGACACUGACAAAGCGAUUUGGCAGUACGACAAUCAAUACGAAAGCAACCACCGAGACCCUAUCCGUGCUGACGGGACUGUUCCCGAAGACUCGGACGCUUACGGAUUGAUGGUGCUCAACGGCGAAGAAGAGGCCAUGGAUGCCAACUUUAAGGAGUCGCACACAGUCGUCUGGCGCACAGUCUCGGUCCCCCGUGUAAAGCGAGAUAUCUUGACCAAGAACCAGCCUGUACUGGAGCGGGCUUCUGAGCACAUGGAAGAGACCUUCCAAGUUUACUGCAAUGUUCCUCCCGGAGCCGAGGAAUGCGAGACCGUUUGA